AGUCACGAGAGUGCUCAAAGUUUCGUCAUGUUUCAUUGCCGUUUGUGAUGCCCUGUUUUUUAUUUUGUUUUUGGAAAAAUACAGAUACCAGUGUUGUGCUCGAUAUUUUUCAUUUUUGGGACAGUUAUGCACAAUGUUUGCGCGUCCAUUCAUUAAUUAUCUUCGAAAUGUUUCUACCUAAGUACUUUUCUUUCACAUGACACGUGGAAUGACAGACAUAACUCGGCAAAGCAUUCCACAUGAAACUUUGAUAGCUCAUUCGCAUUCAGUAAGGGACGGCGAAGCAACCAAUAUAAUUCGUGAUGCUAACAGAGCGAAAGUCUCCAUACCCUUUCAUUGAAAUUCCGGGAACGAAUGCUCAAGCUUAGCAACCCACUAAAGCCAUGGCAUUAUCGCCUCGAUCACAGCGAACAGUGUCAGCGCCGCGCCGCUCCCCCGGAAAAUGGUCCCCGGUACGGGGCACGCCGCGACUGGCCGACCUCGCCGAGGACGACAAGGAGAAGAUUGCACUGAUCGUCAAACAGUUCAGCGAGGCGUGCCGCCACCGAGACGAGCUCGCGGACGUGGUGAAGGAGCAGGAGAGCCAGGUGCACCACCUGAUCCGAGAGAGGUGGCUCUUCACACAGGAAAACACGCGACUGGCCAAAGAGGUGGAAAAUCUCCGACAGAAGCUCAGAGAAGUGGAAGAAUCGCAAAACGAACAUGUUUCUGAAUUGAGGGACAAAAUGAAAAAGAUCUGCCUCGCAAACAAACAGCUAUCUGAAAUAUGCACUGAGCAAAAACACCGACUUGCCAAACAACACACCAAGGCGGAAGAAAUGGACAGUCGCUACCAAACCAUGGUGUCUGCCAUGAAAUGUCUCGAACUAAAGCUCGAGAACAGCAAGAAGUCCAUCCGAAAGCUACGCUACCACCUGGACAACGCCCGUAACGCGCGCACCUUCCCUGCGCGCACGGCCGAGGGUUCUGUGCAGACCGAGCCGGCCCCGGUCGGGACGGGGACGGCCUGCCGCUGCUGCGGGGCGCCUCCGAGCUACAGUAACGCGGUCCGGCCGUGUCCACUGACCUCCUCGGGGCCUCUGUCGCAGCCGCCGGCCACCAGACAGGUGUCGGAGGUGUCCACAGGACCAGUGAGCCAGUCGGUCGACACGGUCCAGCCACCGCCGGCAGCUGACGGAGCCGUGACGGCGGCCCGACCGCAGCCGGGACAGACGUGCUCGGAACCGGCGGGCUGUCAGCCACACGGCACGGCGUCACAGGUGACGUGUCAGGGCUCAGCGGCCAGUCGGUGGACGCUGCCCGGCGCCGCCUGUCCCCCUGCUCCCCCCGGCGGCGGCGGCGGUCUGCUGGAGUGGGCGGCCGCCGAGCCGGCCGGCUGCCCCUGCUGGCACCAGGUGUCCCCCGCCGGUCAGCUGGCCCUCUCGCCGCAGGCCGUCGAGGACUGGAUGCUGACCAAGCUGUUCUUCAGCGGCCGGGCGCCCUGCUCCGUGGCGCAUGUUCAGCUGCAGUGAAAUCCUUGCGGGGAGAUUCCUGUGUUAGUGUAGCCAUUGUCACAAGCCAUCACUGUCAUAGCGCCACGCUGCUUUUGUCCGCUCAGUUCCGAUCGCGUGGGUCGUAGUCGGCAGUCCGUUGUUCCUUCAUCUCAUCUCAGAGUUGUCCGCGUUUGGACGAAGGUGCCGCUGUCGGUCGGAGGUGUCAUUGGCUAUCACCAGAGCCGCUGCCCUCUGUCUUGUUCUGUUCAAUACAAUUGUGAAACCGUUCAUAUGAUGACAUACAGUUGAUAAAAGCUGA